CAGCGGUAUAUAUAGCCACAGUUCCACCUGUUCCAGCAUCAGACGCUAGACAACCAACAAGAUGAGCUCCCUCAGCCUGACCAUUGCCUUGUGCCUGGCCUGCCUGGCCGCCGCGGAUGUCUCCCAUUUGCCCAGCAGCUAUCUGCCGCCACCAAAGCCCGAGCAUGCCGUCUCCAUGAGCAUUGAGCAGCAGGAGCUGCGUGAGCUGCCCGAACAGGUGGAGUUCAUGCGGGAGAACGAGCAGGGCGUGAUGGAGGCCAUGCCCAGCAGUCUGCUGACACCGCCCGCACCCCUGGAGACCGAGCAAAUGGAUGCCAUGCUCUCCUCGCGCUACCUGCCGCCCGCACCACAAAUGGAGCAGCGCUCAGAGCCGGAAAUGAUGAUGCAGCAGCAGCAGCAGCAGCCACAGAUGGAGAUGGAGCCAGAGCAGCCACAGAUUGCCAUGCGCUACCUGCCACCUCCAGCAGCCACAUCAGAGGAGCAGCAGGACCAGCAGCUCACCUACCAGCAGUACCAGGAGCAGAUGCAGAUGCCACAGGAGGAGGAGCAGAUGCCCUACUACAUGGAUGUACAGCAGCCAAUGGCACCCACGGAUGUCGAGGCAGAGCCAGUGCCCGCCCACGAGCUCCGCUCCGAUGGCUAUCACUACAAACAGGCCGAGGAGCAGCUGCGUCUGAGGCAUUAGGUCACGGCUCAGUGACUCAAUCGUGGAAUGACGGCAUCGUGUGGAUUGCGUCAUUCGCUUGU